AAUCAGCAGCGUAGCUUCGGGCGGUGGGUCGCUCCUCUGGGCGGUGCUGAGCUCCAGGAGGAGCCCCUCACCAAUCAGGAGCCGGAGGUCUGAAGCAGCGUCACCAUUUCACAGUUUAAGAGCAGCGUGUCUCUUCAUUGGAGCUACUACAUCUCCUGACCAGAGAAAGAAGAAGUCAUGGCAAGAACCAAGCAGACCGCUCGUAAGUCUACCGGAGGCAAAGCCCCCAGGAAGCAGCUGGCCACCAAGGCUGCCCGUAAGAGCGCCCCGGCCACCGGCGGCGUGAAGAAGCCUCACCGUUACAGGCCCGGUACCGUGGCUCUGAGAGAGAUCCGUCGCUACCAGAAAUCCACGGAGCUGCUGAUCCGCAAGCUGCCCUUCCAGCGCCUGGUGAGAGAAAUCGCUCAGGACUUCAAGACCGACCUGCGCUUCCAGAGCUCCGCUGUCAUGGCUCUGCAGGAGUCCAGUGAGGCUUACCUGGUCGGCCUGUUCGAGGACACCAACCUGUGCGCCAUCCACGCCAAGAGGGUCACCAUCAUGCCCAAAGACAUCCAGCUGGCCCGUCGCAUCCGCGGAGAGCGAGCUUAAACUGUCUGCUGCUCCACAAACCACAACGGCUCUUUUAAGAGCCACCUCACUCUUCACUGAAGGGCUCAUUCCUCUACUAAAAACACGUUUUAUCGGCAAUAACAACUUUUUUAAAAUAAGCUGGUCUUCUCUAUGUCCUAAUAAUCUAUGGGCUAACCCAAAUUUCCAAUCCUUUUAUAAUGUGUUUGUUGGCCUGGAAUAACACUGGCAAUAUCAUCGAAUUAAUUUCAGCUGUCAAUAUUUAUUCUAAAUAAAAAAAGAAGGCUAAGGAAAUUAUUAUAGACCUAUUGAAGUUGAAUACCACUGCUGUUGUAAAACUUGAGAGAAAUAUUUUUGCUUUCUUAUUUAUUAGAUUUGGGUUUUUAUACAAUUAAAUAGGCAAUAUACACAAUAAUCCAGAAUAAUUGAAAACACUUUUUUAAAAUGGCCUAAAGGGAGAAUCAUUUUCUUAAUUUGUUUCAUUUAAUUCAGUAAACAAUACAGUGAUACAGAUCCAAUAUUUCUCUGCAUGUUCCUGAUCCUGAACACUCGUAUAGGCCUACUGGCUCUGUCUGCACAGUUUACAUUUUAAUUUUAUUCCUAUGUUAUCUGAAGAGCCACCUCACUCUUCAAUAAAGAGCUUUAUUCUCUGCUG